CUCUUACGCGCCUAGUCGUUACUCUCACCCGUGUCUGUGUCAUCGCCGCGGACUCCCUCGUCCUAUUUCAAACGUGGCGUAACACGUAUGGCCUCAAGAAACUUGCGCGCGGUCUCGAGAUGCAACCGUCUAUCACUUCACUUCUUCUCAGAGAUGGUACUACGUACUUCUGUGUGCUGCUCGCAGUGAACAUCGUCACCGCAGUGCUGAGCGCGAUUAACCCUAUAUUGGAGAUCGCCGAUUUCUGUUACGUGUUCACCACCAUCCUUCUCUCUAGGUUCUUCUUGAACCUCCGAGAGGUCUCCCUCCUACCUGACACCGCCUCCACUUCGCCUUCAUUUUCUGGUAUCCGGUUCGCGGACACACUGCGCACGCUAGGCGGAUCCAUAGCUGAGCAUAUCAACGAUUCGGAAGACGUAUUGGACCGCACUGGCGAGUUGAUGUGUGCCGUUGACGAGGAGGGGGAGUAUCCGGCGGAGAUAACAGAGCGGUCAUCCCUUUCGUCGACUCCCGAUAAGCGUGUUGACACGCUUCAAGCACAGUCGAUGGACCCCGCGAUGUCAAGAGAAACCAACUUGAACUCUGUUGACGUACACUCGUGAACGCCGAGCUUUAUUCCUGUAGAUCAUCACGGGCUUCAAGUCUUGCGUCGAGCAGGUUCUCUUAGAGCAGGGAAAGAACGACAUAUGUAGUAUCGGUACCACAGUGGUACAUGUGCGUAUAAUUAGACGACAUACUUAUCAUAGUACUAUA